CUGGCCACUAUUGCGCAGGUGCCAAGCAGGCGCCUCGGCGGGCAGUCGCAGGGUGGCGGUAGGACCCAUUGCCGUACAGCAUGGCCGCGGCCAGUGGGGACGUAGCGGGGUUUGCCGUGUGGCUCAGGAGGCGGCUAGAAGGGAUGGAUAUAGAUGGUGAUGUCUACGGCUCGUACAUUAACGGCAUCCUGCGGGAGGGAGAGAACGAAGAAGAACAAUCUGAGGCUCUUCAAGGCAUUUUAUCUACUUUGAUGGAUGAAGAUUCAUUAAAAAUCAUUUGCAAAGAAAUAAUUCAAAAGUGGUCUGAGAUCACAAACAAUAUCACACAAGAGAAAAGUAUUGAAGAUGAAGUACACACCAUAGCAAGUAUGAUUGAGAAACAAGCCCAGAUUGUUGUGAAACAAAAAGGUGUUUCAGAAGCAGAGAAACCUACUAAAGCUGCCGUUCUUGCACAGUAUGCAAAUAUAACCGAUGAAGAGGAUGAAGAUGAAGCGGGACAUGGAGGAAAUGGAUCAUUUAAUUUUGAUAGUGAUAAGUCUCUUUUCAAAAAUACAAAUGUUGAAGCUGUUCUUGUUGCAAAGAAAGCAGAAAGAGAAAAGGCUCGGGAAGAUGCACAGAAGAAGAAAGAGCAAGAUAAACUGCAGCGAGAAAAAGACAAGCUUGCAAAGCAGGAAAGGAAAGAAAAGGAGAAGAAGAGAACACAGAAGGGAGAACGGAAGCGGUAAAAAUGGCUAGAAAAGUCUCAGUACAAAGCUUGCAUCCACAAAUAUUAUGAACUGUGCUGUACCAGCCACAAUUUUGUUUUGAGGAGUUUGACAUCUGAUAUUUGAAAAACUGCUUUUCAUAAAAUGUGUAAUUUUUGCAAUGUAUUGUGUCAACAUUGAAUUCCAGUUUAUAGCACUCAUUUGUUAUAGGCUGUCUGUUUCAAUUUGCUGUGACGUAUCUAGACAGCUAGGCUGCAACAUCCAUGGUCGACCCUGACCAACAGAGGCCUCAUCAAUAUUCACAGAGACAAAAGUAGUUUGUGAAGCAGAAAUCCCUUCAGUGAAGGGAGAUUCUUGUGUAUUUGAUUAAUUGCAACUAAAUAAUGGAGAAUGAACAUUGUUAUUAAGAUUUUUUUAAAUCCCAAUUUCUGGAUGGCUUUAACUCUUUGAAAGAUUCCGUACUGUUCAGUGCUGAAAUUUAAAUCAUUUAUUGAGUUGUUUUGAAGUAUUAUUCACUUUAAUUCUUUGACUUGGAAAAUAUUUAAAUUGUAAUUCGUGAGAAUAAACAUAAGUUGUUCACCUUGUAAAUAGUGUUUGUUACUCUUAAUGAUGAGUUUGUAAGUGAAGUAGAUUAGAGGAAAAUCACUUACUAAGGAGAACUUCUAACUGUAAUC